AUGGCAUUCGUUAAUGUUAGAUGUGUUCCUAGAAUCCCAGAGUUGUUGUGGUUACAAGCUUCAGAUGAUCAUCGCUCAUACAACAUCUCCCAUGACCGUGAUGUGACAGUGCCACGUUGUAGAAAAGGUGAUGGAGGGCUAUCUAGAGUAAUGCAGGUUGGUGUGCCCGGCAAAGUUGUUGACCAUAUCAGGAAUGCUGGGAUUUUCCAGCUCUUCAAGGCGUGUAUUUGCCAACUUGAUCAUUCUUUGAUCAACGCGUUGGUGGAGAGAUGGCAUCCGGAAACCAACACGUUUCACCUUCCUAUCGGCGAAGCGAUUGUCACCUUGCAGGAUGUGCAGAUGAUAUGGGGUUUACCAAUACAGGGAUUAAUGGUGACUGGUGAGUGGGUUUCAGAAACCCGAAAUGUAGAUUAUUGGAAUAAUUUGUGUCUGGAGUAUUUGGUUUUUUUCCCUACAGAUGAACAUGAUCAUGACAACUUGAGCAACGGUUGGAUAAAAUUUCACUCGUUGGCUGCGCACAGUAGUUUUGUCGGGUUCGACGAGGAAGAUGAGCAGGGUGUCUAUUCAUGGCUAGAAGGAUUAUUCUAG